AUGGGGAAGGACCAGGAGCUGCUCCAGGCCGUGAAGACCGAGGACUUGCUGACAGCUCAGCGGCUUCUACAGAGACCUCGGCCAGGGAAAGCCAAGCUCCUUGGAGCAGCAAAGCGGGUGAACGUCAACAUCCAGGAUGCAGAUGGGUUGUCACCGCUGCACCAUGCUGCUCUGAGUGGUAACAAGGAGCUGAUCUCUCUGCUGUUGGAGGCCCAGGCAGCAGUGGAUAUAAAAGACCAUAAAGGGAUGCGUCCUCUGCAUUAUGCUGCAUGGCAGGGGAAGACUGAACCAAUGAAAAUGCUGCUGAAGGCAGGCUCAUCAGUCAACGGACAGUCAGAUGAAGGACAGAUCCCUCUCCACCUAUCAGCUCAGCAUGGACACUAUGAUGGGUCGGAGAUGUUGCUACAACACCAGUCCAACCCAUGUAUCUCAGACUCAGCUGGGAAAACACCGUUGGACCUUGCCUGUGAAUUUGGACGUGUUGGAGUGGUCCAGCUCCUGCUCAGCAGUAACAUGUGUGCAGCCAUGCUGGAACCGAAACCUUCCGACCCCAACGGAGUGUCACCUCUGCAUCUGGCUGCCAAGAACGGACACAUCGAUGUCAUACGGUUGCUCAUUCAGGCUGGUAUAGAUAUCAACAGACAAUCCGAGUCUGGCACAGCGCUACAUCAGGCAGCCCUCUGUGGGAAGACGGAGGUAGUACGCCUGCUGCUGGAUAGUGGCAUCAGUGCAGGAGUGAGAAACACUCUGAGUCAAACUGCCCUGGACAUCGUUAACCAGUUCACCACCACGCAGGCCAGCCGGGAAAUCAAACAACUGCUGAGAGAUGCUUCUGCUGCGAUGCAGGUGCGUGCCCUGAAGGAUUACUGCAACAACUACGACCUUACCAGCCUCAACAUUAAAGCCGGAGACAUUAUCACGGUUUUGGAGCAGCACUCUGAUGGCCGAUGGAAAGGCUGUAUUCACGACAACCGUACAGGAAAUGACCGUGUGGGCUACUUCCCUUCCAAUAUGGUGGAAGUUAUCAAGAGGGCAGGUCACUCCCCCUCCCAGCAGUGCCACACCCUCCUGCUCCGCAGGCCCAACCCCUGUCCCAUUGCCUCGGUCAACGGACACUCAUACCCCCCUUCCAAAGUCCUCCCCCUGCAUCUGCCUCCCCCUCCUCCCCCUCACCCCAACACACAGUCCCUCCCUCGGUUCUCCUCCUUUGGGUAUGUUCCUCUUCCCAUCUCUCCUCCUUCUCUGUCUACUCCUCCUCUGUCAACUCCUCCUCCUCCUCCUCCUCCUCCUCCUCUCUCCACUUCUCAGGAGCAGCAGAGUCAGACAGGUUCACGGACUGCAGAGCCAAGUCCUCAAGGCUCUCCAACUCUGGGACAGCAGAGCAGCACCAGCGAGGAUAUCUGGGUGCUACGCAAACCGCUGGCAGGUGGCGAGCGCAGCGGCAGCGUGGGCAGCAUCGGCAGUGUUCGGUCAUCGAGCAGUUUGCAGAGCUCUGGAAACACACAUGUUCUGACCACCCCUGCGCCCAGUCCACACCCGGCGUCCACACCCGGGGUCAACACACACGGCCUUAACGCUCCAGGCCUGCACGCGCAAGCCGAAGGGGUCAAACUCCUGGCCACUGUGCUGUCCCAGUCGGUAAAAGCCAAGGAGCAUCUCUUGGAGCAGUCACAGUCUGUUGAGCAGUCAGCGAGCUCCUCCAGUUGCACGGUUCAUGAGCAGCGGUCGUUUGAGCGGAAGGCAGAGGAGGAUGAUGGGAAAAAGCAGGCAGUAGUGGCGUGGCUGGGUGAGUUUCAGCUGCAGUUCUACACCACCCACUUCCUCACCGCGGGAUAUGAUCUAGACACCAUUAGCCGCAUGACCCUUGAGGACCUGACGGCAAUUGGGGUCAUGAAGCCUGGACAUCGAAAGAAGUUAACAUCAGAGAUCAGCAAGCUGCCUUCCACAGACUGGCUGCCAGACCACAAGCCUGCCAAUCUGGCAGACUGGCUGUCUCACCUGGGUCUUAGUCAGUACUACCAGGUUCUGGUGCAGAACGGGUAUGAAAACAUUGACUUCAUCUCUGACAUCAGCCUUGAGGAUCUGCAAGAGAUUGGCAUCACUAAGCUCGGCCACCAGAAGAAGCUGAUGUUGGGAGUGAGGAGACUGAAGGAGCUACAGAGAGGACAGAGUAGCUCUGAGCCUCCUCAGAGCCCCUCCACGCCUCCAUCCAGCCCAGGUGGCAGCACCAGCUCAGAGCCGCGGAGGGAGGUGAGGAAGCAGAGGGACGGUGUCCCCAGCCCACUGGCCAAACCUCGCCCAGGUCUCACACAUUCACACACCCCUCCCCACACUCCGACACAAACCCCACCACAAACCCCCCCACAUGCCCGCACCCAGCAGGCCUCCCCCAGGGCUCGGCCGCGCCCCUCCACACAGGUGGCGGCGGCAGAUUCGUCGGUACCGCUGCUCCGCCUGCCCAGUGAGGAGGAAGAGCGACGGAGAACUCACAGUCUAAUUGGCUCAGAAUCAGACUCUAGAUAUGCCACCGUGUGCCGCAGCAGCUCCGCACAUACUGCCCCUAAUGAUGUCACUGUUAACCGCAGCCAAUCGUCUGUCACCCUCCGUCCCCGUCGCAAAGGUCGGCCCCCGACACCGCCUAAACGGUCCUGUUCUUCCAUUACCGGGGGUGACGGGGAGGGAGAGGGACAGGGGGAGGGGCUACUAGGGCUGCCAACCUAUCGAGAGCGGCGAGCCAGUGACUGCGGCAGCCUGGGAUCAGCUUUAAGAUCUCAGGACUCAGCAGGCCUGGAGAGAUCAGAGGGGGCUUCUGGGAGUGUUCGCAGCCUCGCAGCUAUGCUGGAAACAUCCAUCGUGGGUGGAGCCAAAACCCUGCCAAGGAAUUUGGGAGGCAGCACCAACUACUUACAGGUGAGUCCGCCUACACUCCGUCGCCAGGCAGGCGCAGGGGGUCUUGGCUCUGAGGAUGAUGAUGUCUUAAGUCGACGUAGGACCAUCAGUGGACCAGAAGGCCUCCCUGGUGAUCAGCUUGACCUGUUACCUCGGCAACCAGCCCAGCAACGUCCGGAGCCCCGGCCCCGUUCCAUCGUGGUCUCCUCAGCAUCAGAGAUCUCAGAUGGCACAGCAACACUCCGAAGGAAGCCGCGUCCUCUGGCAACAGACUCUGAAGCUCCUGCAUCCGCGGCUACCAGUGUCGUUACCAUGACAACCGGCACUGACACCAUACGCAGGAGACCACGCACGUCUGAGCACGCACAAAGUGUCAUUCAAAGCAAUAACCAAUUAGACUCUCCCAGCAGUCAAACAGACAGUAGCCGGAAAAACGGAGGCGAGCCACAGCAGAACGGCGGCGUGGUCCUGAGGCGGAGGCCGGUGUCUGAGGUCUCUGAUAGGACGGAGACCAACCGAGAGAGCUGUGAGUGGAUGGAGGCUAGGAAGUCUCUGAAGCCGCCGGUCUCUCCCAAACCAUCCACAGUCACCCUGAGGAAGGCGCAAGCUGAUCCCCCAACCCCGACUCGCAGGGUCCCCAUACCGGGCCCUGAUGGUACUGAGACGGCACAGAGCCCUGAGCCCAAGCGUGUCCCUCCUCCUGUAUCCCCGAAACCUCGUGGGCCUCCGACAGCGCCUAAACCAGGCAAAGCAAUAGUAGCUUCAGCUACCAUGAGCCCGAGUCCUGUUGCCACCAGCCCCGCUGCAGCCAGUCCCACCCCGGCCCCCAAACCCUCCUCUCCGCUCUCCGCCUCUGCCCCUCUACCAGCUCCCGACACCCCUUCUGCUCCCUCCCUCUCUCCGGGACUCCCUCUUGCCUCCCCCUCUCCGGCCCAGAGUCCCUCCACACCCUCGCCACACCCUGUCAAACCUCCCCGCUCCUCCAUCGCCGGCCUCUCCAUCGACCUGCUGGGAGGACGGGAGGCGGAGGAGGAAGAGGAAAGGAGGAGAGAGGAAGAGGAGAGGAGGAGAGACAGGGAGCACAAGAGGCACAAAGAGCAGGAGGAGGAGAGGAAGAGAGGAGAGGAAGACAGUCUGAGAGGGGUGGAGGGUCGAGUAGAGGAAGUGGAGGUGCAGCAUCGUUUGGAGGAGACCAGCGCCUCCUUGGCUGCAGCUGUGCAGGCUGUAGAACAUAAAAUGAAAGAGGAGGACGCACAAAAUGACAAAAAGACAACAGUCUCCAUCUUGGACGACAUCGGCAGCAUGUUUGACGACUUGGCAGACCAACUGGAUGCAAUGCUGGACUGAUCUCCCGCCAAUGUCUCAUUUCCGCCAAGCCCUUUCCCCUCUCCCACAUCAUGUGUAGGUGUAUGAAGAAAACUCUCCCAAGGCUCGAUGCUGGCGCUCUGAGAGUGUGUGUGCGUGUGUGUUCGGGCGCGUGUCCCUCCUGCGUGAGCGCUUCUCAUGUAGCCUUGUACAGUGUACUGAGGAGGGAGUCCUCUUCGUCUGGUGCGGUAGCUCUAGUACGCCUCCCGAUGCGAGGAGGCCGCUCCCACACAACCUCUGACCUCUGCAGCCCAGCGAGUCACCGACCACCCAGCCUCAGACGGCUGCGUGCAUCGAGAAGCACAAUCAUUCUCCUCAUCCUUUUAUCUCUACAGACUGUGGCAGAGAUCCUAACUCAGUCAGACAGGGAGACAGGCAGAUAAGCAUAUUGCUUGCAAAAAUAAGCACAUAAACUGACUGACAGACAGGCAGAUAGAUAGCUAGAUAGAUAGACAAGACGCAUACAGAUGAGAUACCGGAGAGAAUUUUUCAAAGCACAUGGAAAGACAGGCCGCUUUCUGAGUCUGUCUCACUCCUGCGAUGUCAAAAGGAUGCAUUUUUCCAGAUGAAUCGUAGCCUCUAUUUCUCUUCUGUAUGAGUGGAGGAUUGUGGUUAGCUGGACUUCCUGACCUGUGUGUUGUCUCUCUUCAUGUUGUUGUUGCUGUUGUUGUUAUUGUUGCAGUUGUUGUCGUUAUGAGUGUGUGUGUAGUCCCUGCUGAUGCUCAUGUCAAUGUCCUCUCACUCGUACAGUAGUUAUUCUAAUGAUCAGAACGACGAUAUAGAUGUGUGUCCAUGAAUUCUGAGACACAAACACACACACACACGCACAUGCACACGCACAUUACAUUGGUUGUAAUCUCGCUGGUGUUCUGCUUUGUUGGUGUUUAGCUCCAUCUAUGGAGGUUUGCUUGGAAAUGAAUCUACACAUACACAUACACACAUUUACAUGCAAAGACACAUAUACAAGCACACUCAUGCGGUGUAUCCCUUUGUCCUGCUGCAGUGAACAGUGUUUUUAAAAGAUAAUCCUAUAUUUCAAUGCUUUAUAUAGUACAUCCAGUAUACAUACAUAGAGUUUAUAAUAUACAGUACCUGGGUAUUUGAGCUGUUAGAGCUCCCUCUAGUGUUGGUUAGUGAAACUGCCUCUAAUCUGCCCGUCUUGUCUCCCCCUCUUACUCUCCUUCUGUAUCCGUUUUGUUAACUCUGCAUCUCUCUGUGCCUUGGUAGUGUUCUUUCAUAUAUUCAAUAUAUUUUUGUCUCUUUUUUUCUUGAUUUGCAUCCCAAACUUUUACGUUUUUUUUCUGAUUCCUGACAAACCCUCGCUCCUUGUGUGUGUAUGAUGUCAAAAGUAGCUUAUAGGUUGAGUUGUGAGUCCUAUAUGAUCCCUAAAAUCAAUCGCCCUGUCUGCAGUCCUCCUGUAACCAUUGAGACGCCUUGUAUGAGCCCAUAUAAGCCCCCGUCUAAGCUGUAAUAAAUUGGCUCUGCUCCUCCACAGCUCCCCAGUUUCAGUGGUUCCCCAUGUAGGCCAAACAGUGGAUCAGCCACUAGUAUUCAUCCCAAUGAAGAGUCCACUUGUAUUUUUAUGCUCUUUGAAAACAAAGAUAUAUUUGAGAGACAGAUGGUUCUAUGUGAAUAAUAAUGAUGAUAAUAAUAAUAAUAAUGAUGAUAAUUAUAGACAUUGAAUUGAGGUGAGGUGAUUGAGCCUGUACAUUUAUGGUUGAGUCCUGGAUGUGUUGUGACGGCUGUUGUGCCAUGGUUGGGUUUAGGUUGUGUUUCUGCUGUGACG